AUGACGCGUGAACGCGGAGCUGCGGCCAAAGCCAAACUCACCCAUCCUGGAAAAGCCAUCCUGGCAGGUCGGUUUACUCCUGCACUGGCGAGCACACUGGUGUUUGUGUUGUUUUCAUAUGUAGUGUACGAGGUGUGCUUUCAGCUGCUGGACUCGGAUUGUUUUGUAUUGUGGAAUCCACACCAACAACAAUCGCUGGCGGCAUUGAACAUCUGCCUCACACGUUCUCCUACCUACAGACACACACACAAGACUCAGCUACAGCUAUAUGAGAAAGCCAAUCCACCCCGUUACAGAGGCAUCACGGACUGUGUGUCGCAGACGGUCCGUCAUCACGGAGUGAAGGGUUUAUAUCGAGGCCUCAGCUCGCUGCUGUACGGAUCCAUCCCUAAAUCUGCAGUCAGGUUCGGUGUGUUUGAGAUACUCAGUAACCAGAUGAGAGAUGAGGCUGGGAAGCUGGACAGCACUCGAGGGUUAGUCUGCGGUUUGGGUGCCGGCGUGAUGGAGGCCGUGCUGGUCGUCUGUCCCAUGGAGACCAUAAAGGUGAAAUUCAUCCAUGACCAAACCUCAGCUAAUCCCAAAUACAGAGGCUUUUUCCACGGAGUGCGAGAGAUCGUCAGAACUCAAGGGAUCAGAGGGACGUAUCAAGGCCUCACAGCGACUGUCCUCAAACAGGGAUCCAAUCAGGCGAUCCGAUUCUUCGUCAUGACCUCUCUCAGGAACUGGUACAAGGGUGACGAUCCCAACAAAUCCAUCAACCCCAUCGUAACAGGAGCGUUUGGUGCGAUUGCUGGAGCGGCGAGUGUGUUUGGAAACACGCCGCUGGACGUCAUCAAGACCAGAAUGCAGGGUUUGGAAGCUCAUAAGUAUAAAAACACGGUUGAUUGUGCCAUGAAGAUCAUGCGACAUGAAGGACCAGCGGCGUUUUAUAAGGGCACGGUCCCGCGGCUGGGCCGAGUGUGUUUGGAUGUGGCCAUCGUCUUCAUCAUCUACGAGGAGGUCGUCAAGGCCCUAAACAAAGUCUGGAAGACGGAGUGAACGAAUGAAGAGGAGACGAGACGAGACGAGACGCCAUCACUGUGACGGAGCUGUUCUCGUCUGCAGUUACUGUACGUCAGGGUUUGAUUUCAUCCCAUUAGUUCUGCCUUUAAACACGCACAUAAUAUUUACAAAAAUAAUUUUAAUGUCAUACAACAGCUCUGAAAUACCCUUAAACUGUAUUCAUAUUAACGUAAGACAUUGUAAGUGCCAAAUUUAACAGAUUUUGUUUAAUACAUUUAAUAAAGAGCAAACAAACACAAACGUGUAUGUUUAAAAAUGUUUGCACACAAACAAACAUGAAACUCUUGAGCCAGAGAAAUAAUUUAGAUUACAGUAAAUGUGUUUAAUGUUUUAACCAGAGGAAGUCUUUAAGAGCAAGUGGGAAUAUUUACAUACUAGGUAUAUAUAAAUAUUUAUAGAUAGAUUUACAUAGAAAGAGAAAUCAUUCCAUAACACUGUACGAAAAAAUAUUUCAGUAUGAUUCGUUUUUUAUGUUUCUGACAUUUCUACUUAAAAUGUUUUGUUUUUAUCUAAAGCUUAUAUUUUUACAUUUGUAAAACCAUUUUUAUGAAUUAAUUUGGAUAUAUUUUAUAUUUAUUUUCCUGUUGCACACGUGCCUUUAACCAUUAAAUUCUUAAAUGUAUUUUUCUGACACAAACAGACACUUUUAAUAUUUCCUUUGUCGUUUUUGAAGCAUCUUUUGUCGUCAUGUCCUGCUGUGUCUGUGCAUGUGUAAUAUGAACUGUAUUAGAUUGAACUGGAAUAUAGAUUCAGUGAAUGUCAGAUACAUACAUGUACUGUAAAUGUGACUGAUUACAGAGCAGUCUCCCCUCUGAAUGGAUCUGAGAUGGAUGAUUUAAGUGUGUUUUCUGUGUAAACCCUUCAGUUUUUUCAGCAUGAAUCUCCAGCUCUGUGUGUGUCAGUAUCUGUGUGAGGUGAAAUAGUGUCAUGUAUCUUUUCUUGACCAGAAUCAGCACGGAAAGAUGUUUCAUGUGUCUGGAUGGAGCUCGUGCUUCAGUGUUGAGUGUCUUUGGGCCUUUUAGAAAUACUCUGUGGGGUUGUUUGUGCCAUAUGCUGUUAAAUGUUUGUUUAAAUUCUUGGCUUUUUCUUUGUAGAUCUGGAUGCUUCAUAAUACUAUGUGCUAAUAAAAUGAUUUAAUUUUCACAGUUAAA